AUGGUUGCAGUCGCUCUGCUACCGAGACUUCGUAUUCCGACCUCGGUGACCUCCACCGCAGUCAUCGCCACCGCUAACUACUCACGCUCCAUGGAGAAACCGGUCGAAACCAGUCUGCGCACGAAGCUGUCAACAGAGUUGCAGUCAGCAUACUUAGACGUCAUCAACGAGAGUCACAUGCACUGUGUUCCACUGGGUUCAGAGACUCACUUCAAGGUUGUCGUUGUAUCGCAGAAGUUUGACGAUCUGCCGCUGAUAAAGCGUCAUCGGCUGGUGAAUGAGAUCGUGAAGGAGGAGCUAGCAGCGACCGUGCACGCUCUCUCCAUUACCGCGAAAACACAGGAGCCGUGGGAGAGCGUGGAAGCACGAGCGAGAAUGAGCGAGAACGAGCCCGCGAUACGAUUCGUCAGGUCGCUGCGCGGCGGACGGCUGCUCGAGCUGAACGGUUACUUGUUUCGCAUCAACGUGCGCAAGGACGACCGCGUCUACUGGAAGUGCAAGAGCCACGGAUGCCGCGCGACUGCGAUCCUCACGGAGACCGGCGCUCACAUUUCGUCGAAGCAGCUGCACAAUCACGAGCCGUGUUUCAUCGACGACGGCGGCGGCGGCGGCGGGGUGAGGGCGCCGCGUACACGACACGUGGCCUGGAGUGCCGUCGCUCCACUCUUCGAGGGAAGCGACGUGCCCAAUUGCGAACGCACAGCGUCGGCGACCGCGGUGCAGCCUAGCAUUGUGCAGCCUAAUGCAGGGCAGUCUAUGAAAUUCUCUUCCGCGGUGCAGCAGACCACAUCUGCCCCAACUGUGCAGUCUACGGCAUGCACUCCCACGAUGCAGCCCAUGGUACAGCCCAUGGUGUCCGCUUUCGCCGUGCAGCCUAAUGAAGUACAGCCGAAUGCAGUGCAGUCUGUAUCGUCUUCUCCCGUCAUGCAGGAUAACUUGGUACAUCUUCUGGCACCUGCUCCGAUGAUGCAGCUUGAGGUGGUGCAGCCUAGCAUGCUGCAGGCGACAUCUUCGACUCUCUCAAUGCAGCCUAAUGCUGUGCAGCACAACGUGGUGCAGUCUGUGGCCUCUGAGCACACAUUUCAGCCUGCUGCGUCUUCUCUCAUGGUGCAGCCUCCCGCGUCCGCUCCCGCUACGCAUCCCGCCACAUCUCACCUCGGGGUGCGACCGGCGCGGCAUGCGCCCCCCACCGCUACGAAGUACCGUCGCAUCGAGAUGGCGCGCGCGCGCAUCCCGCCCGCGCCGCCGCCGCCGCGGGAGGGCGUCGCCGUGCGGCUGGUUGCCUCGGGCCGCGGCGGGCAGAUGCUCGUGCUCAACGGCUUCGUCUACCGGCUGAACGUGCGAAAUGAGCGCGCCGACCGCGUUUACUGGAAGUGCCGGACGCGCGGCUGCCGGGCGUCGGCCAUUCUUGCCGGCGACGGCUCAUACGUGUCGUCGCGCGAGGUCCACAACCACGCCGUCGAGACGGAUCCGCGUGCCGGUGCUGCCACCACCACCUGCGCCUCCCCGCGCGUUUCCAGCGCUGCCUCCCACGCUUCCCCGCGCGUUUCCAGCGCUGCCUCCCGCCCCUCCCUGCACGAUCCCACCGCUCAUGUGUCGCCGCACGGCCCCUGCGUCAUCAAAACAGAGCCGAGCGACUCGAAUGCCGGCGACGUCUCGGCGCGGGUUCCCACGCGCGUUUCGGGGUCGGCCGCCUCCGCCGCCACGCCAGGAUUUGGCGACGGGCGGCGGCAGCCGACGCGGCGCGGCGGGGCGGCGGCGCGCGAGACGUACGCCGGGUGGCGGCGCUUCGUCGGCAGCGGCGAGACGCCAUGCGAGGCGCACGGAACGCGCUUCUUCAGCACGCAGCGCGGCCGCCGCCUGCUCGCCGUCAACGGCUUCCACUACCGCGUCAACGUGCACAAGGACGGCGGCAAGACCUACUGGAAGUGCCGGCGGCGCGGCUGCCCGGCGACGGCGAUCACGACUGCACACAGCGCCAGCGUGCUCGCGAAGGAGACGCACACGCACCCGCCGGCCGACGUCGACGCAAGCGCCUACGAGCCGCUGAUGAUCGGCGGUAAUCAGUUUACCCUGCCGCCGCGUUCUAUUACCGAAGCAUCGGUGCAGCAGCCGCGUUCAAUCACGGAUGCGUCGGUGCAGCCGCCGCGGCGGUACGAUGCAAUUGCCAGUGCAUCCGCGCCACCACGGAAGUACGAUGCAAUCGCCAAUGGAUCCGUACCACAGCAGCAGUAUGACGCGAUAUCAGAUGCAUCAGGGCCGCCACCACGGCAGUACGAUGCAAUCACUGAUGUAUCAGCCGAUGCGUCCGCGCUACCGCAAUCGUACGACGUGACGCAGCUGCAGCCAUACAACUCCAUUGCUGAUGCGUCGGCGUCGCCACUGUGGGAGUACGACGCGACCCCCAGUGCAUCCACGCCACUUGCGCAGCCGUACGACGCGAUCGCUGAUGCGUCUGCACCGCCACCGCGGCAGUACCACGCGACCGUUGAUGCCUCUUCGCUGCUGCAGGGGUACGGAACGAGCACGGGCGCGAUGGCACACACAGGGGGCGCCGACGUCGCCGCGGGACUGUCGUCAGCGGCGGCGCCCACGUCGCGCCGUGCGCCCGUCGAGCGCUGGCCGUGCGAGGCGGCGGCGACCGCGGACGACGCCGUCUACCACAAGUGUGUGCCAUGCGGCGAGUACCUCUCGUCCGAGGACGCGUUCUAUCGCCACUGCCGGCAGCGUCACUGCAAGCUGUUCCAGUCGACGGGCUCCGACUACGACGCCGCGGAACACGCUGGCUGCGUCGCCAUUGCCGCCACCUCCACCGACGUGGCGCCGCCCCCCUGGGGAGAGCUGCUGCGGGACGGGAGUGUCCGCGUGAAGCAGGAGCCUGAGCUGGAAGAGGAGGAGGAGGAGGAUGAGGAGAAGGAAUCCUCGGAGUUUGUGCCGUGGGACGACCCGGUGGCGGCAGCGUUCGAUGGGGGAGCGACGGACGCUCGCCAUGACGACGACGAGGAGGGGGGCGACGCCGCGAGUUACGGUGUCUUCGAUCUGACUUCGGCCGCGACGCGAGACGACGAUGACGACGACGGCGACGGAGCAGGUGGCAAUGAUGCGGGCGGCUGCGACGCUGUCGCCUGCCCAGAGUGCGGCGACGCCCUGGUAACGGCAGCCGAGUUCAGCCAGCACCUGCGCGAGCACCAGGUGGCGCCGGCGGCAGCGCGCUUCGGUCCGGGGCGCUCGCGGCGCGGCACCGCUCGGGGGCGCCACACGGCAGGCAGGGGCCGGCGGCGGCCAUGUCACGGGUGCGGGCGGUCGUUCACGAUUGGCGCGCUGCUGAUGCGUCACACGGCCAAGUGCGCACGCGGUCGCGCCACCCGGAAGAGGGCGCUGCGAUUGCCGACUCGUGGCGCCGACCAGAGACCGUGGCACUCCCUGGUGGACGAAGACGUGGCUGUUCCCUCGGACGCGUUUUCUGGCAGUCAGCGUGCGAGCGAGAGUCCGACUUGUAUCGGGACGCACGAGGGUGUUUGCUCUCCCGCGAGUGAAGGCAGCACGUCGACUGUCAAACUUAAGCAGGCGGACGAUCCGCCGAUAGGUGGCGCUGGCGGCGUUUCCGAUCCUUGUCCGAUUUGGCCGUCGAUGGCGUUGUACAAGUGUCCGGUGUGCGGGGCCGCAUUCUAUGACAAGCAGGCAUUGGAGAGACAUGCGUUACUCCACGGCAGCGGCAGUGGUGAUAGCGGGCUGCUGGUGGCGGCGGCACCCGGAAACAUAGACACUUCAUGCGUCGGAAAUGCACAGUCCACUGAAUACAGAAGCUACCGCAUUGCAAGUGGAGUAAGAGGAGCUCCACAGUAUAAUAUUACCAAACCCCAGUUGGAAUCUUUUCUUGCGUGUCGGUUCACGAACAGAAAAAUGGCAGAAAUGCUAAAGGUGUCUACUAAAACAAUCCAGAGGAAGAUGAGGCAGUUUGGAUUGGCUGUCCUGGACAAACCACGGGUGAUGGCUCAGGAGGAGCUAGAUGCAGCUGUGAAAGAUGCUAUUCAUGACAACCGACAGAUUGGUGCAAACAAUGUCCAUGUGAAGUUACGGAACAAGGGCAUCAAUGUUCCGCGAGACAAAGUACGUGAAUCUGUUCGACGCGUCGACCCAUUUGGAGUGGCUCUGCGAUCAAGACCUACACUUAAACGGCGAGAAUACAGUGUCAAGGGACCUAAUUCCCUUUAGCAAUUGGAUGGCAACAUGAAAUUAAUAAGUUGGCGUAUAACGGUGCAGUCGAUGGAUACUCAAGAUUGAUAGUUUUUCUGAAGGCUUCCAUCAACAACAAGGCGACAACAGUAUAUCAACACUUUGAAAAUGCCGUGAAAGAGUAUGGUUGGCCGUCACGGGUUCGAGUGGAUAAGGGGAGAGAAUAUCUUUGUCUGCGAUGCAAUGUUGCACUAUCGCGGGGCAGUGCGUGGAAGCGCAAUAAGAGGAAAGAGCGUCCACAAUAUCCGCAUCGAGAGACUGUGGGUGGAUGCAUGGAAUGGCUCCACCAAUGUGUUUUAUGAACUUUUCUGCCAGCUUGAAGCGAAUCAUGUACUGAAUCCGAAUAGUGAUGAGCAACUGUUUGCACUGCAUUAUGUGUACCUGCCACGCAUUCAGAAAUCUUUGGAUGAUUUCACAGCCAUUUGGAAUCACCACACAUUGAGAACAGCAAAAUCAUCUUCACUACAACUAUUCGUUCAGCGUUCACUUGAGUUGCAACGUUCUGCAAACACUGCAAUGAGGGGAAAUGCACUGAAAUGUUUCGUCAAACGGAGGAGACUGAUAACGAUGCAGAUGGUGAGAGUGCCAAUAGUGAACCCGAGAAUGACAACAAUUUGACAAUUGUGAAUAUUCCCGAGACCAUUACGCCCAUCACAGCAGAUGACUGCACAAGUGUCCGGUGUGCGGGGCCGCAUUCUACGACGAGCAGGCAUUGGAGAGACAUGCGUUACUCCACGGCAGCGGCAGUGGUAAUAGCUGGCUGCUGGUGGCGGCGGCACCCGGAAACAUAGACACUUUAUGCGUCGGUAUGGAUGGAAUCCUCUAAAUUAUUUAAGUGGCUCGCGGCCAGUAGAACAGUGUGUUCUGUGUGUUAGCUAGAUGCUUAUGACCUGUUUGUAAGGCCUGAGUUGGCACUUUGAAGCCAUUAUGUACUUGAUGGUAGUAUAUAUGAUUUCUCGCAAGUGUACUUUUUAGCAUUGUAAAAUUGUAAGUAAUUUCACGCCGACACACUAAGAAUGCUUUUGUGGUGAGCAUAAUUACUAGUGUGAUUUUACAUGAAUUUAAUUGGUAUGUAUAAUAAUUUUAUUGUAUCCAAUGCUGAGCGUUCAUGAGCGAAAUUAGACAAUUAUCACAGUGACUACUAAAAGACACUUUGUGUUAGAAUGAUUUGUGCAAAUUAGACUAUGGCGUAGCUGUAGCAUGUAUGAAGCACGUGCUCUCUGUAUAGGUAGGAAUGUAGAGUAAAACUAGGAUGCUAAGGUGGAACAAGCUCCAUAUCCUAUGAUGAAGGAUCCAGCAUUGCAUAAUUAUGGUUGUGAAUGAAAAGGUGGUUAAUAACAUAGUUGAUUACGAUAUAUAUGAUGUACAUACGAUAGGAUAUAUAUAUAUAUAUAUAUAUAUAUAUAUAUAUAUGUUAUAGUUGAAAAGUGCUGUACAAAAUACACAUCUUGCCUAGAAAGAUUUCUAGCUCAUUUACUGCCACACGAAUCGGCUGUGAAAGGGCUUUCCUAGUUGUAAAUUUGUAUAUUUGUGAGUAAAAAAAAUCAUGCCUCAUAAUUAUAUCAAA